CCCGAUCGAAUCAGAUUCGAAUCCAGAAAAUUUCUAUCGAUCCAAUCAACCAAUUCAACGCGCCCCCCGAUGACCUGUCCCAGUAAAUCUACUCGACCGUUGAUUUCCAACGGCUAUUCCCUCUUCGUCUUCCACCUUAAGUAGCGCCGGAGUGGCUCGACCAGCUUCCCAACCAAGCCAUCAACCCAAUCUCUCUCUUCUCGGCGUCACCCAUGUCUUCAUCAUCGCUCGUCUGCCUCACCCUUCUCCUCGUAAGCUUCACUGUCUCGGAAGCAAGAGACUUCUUGGUCGGGGGCGACGACCGGGCCUGGAGAGCCCCACCCACCACCAACGACUCCCUCAACCGGUGGGCCGAGAAGAAUCGGUUCCAAGUCGGCGACUCCCUCGUUUGGAAGUACGACGCCGCGAAGGACUCGGUGCUGCAGGUGACCAGGGAGGCGUACUUGAGCUGCAACAGGUCGAGCCCGGUGGCGGAACACAGGGAUGGGACGGCCGUGGUGGAGCUGCACCGCUCGGGGGCGUACUACUUCAUCAGCGGCGCGGAGCCGGCUUGCGAGCAGGGGGAGAAGCUGAUCGUGGUGGUGAUGUCGGAGCGGCACUCGCUUCGCGGCGGUCUCGCUCCGGCUCCCGGUCCGACGGAGUUCGAGGGCCCGGCGGUGGCGCCAACCAGCGGAGCUUCGACGACGGUCGUACUGAAGAGCGGAGUCGCGGCUGCUCUGCUGGUGUUGGGGAUCAUACUGUGAUGGUGUGGUGAUGACGACGCAUGCGAUUUAUAUUCUUAUAUUCUUUUAUUCUAUACAGUGCUUAUUAUUUGGGAUUAUAUGUGCUAUGUGAGUCUAUUUGGUAGCUAAAUUUCACAUCGAAA